CCUCACACUUUCUCCGGAUUUCUUAACUUUGGGGCCCGCAGAGCAGGAGGAAAGCCGCUGUGCCGGGGCGGAGACCGGGCUGCGGGCUGGCGGCUGCUGCGUGCCCGCGGACUUCCCGCCUGCGCCGGGCGGCUGGCCUCUCCGGCCAAGUGGGGAGCGGACGGCGGGCGGCGGGCAGCGGGCGGGCAGGUGGCCCCGGGCCGCCGCGCCCGCGCCUAAGCUCUGCCCCCGGGAGCUUAGCGAGCCACUGCUCCCUCGUGGUGUGAGGGCGGUGAUGUUUUUCCUCCCACCCACUUUUGAGUCCUCCCUCCCCCCUCGCGCGCACUCUAGCUCUCGCCACAACCUGCGAGCCCCAGACCUCGGAGGAGCGCCCCGGGGAGCUUGGAGCGCGUGCACGCGUGGAAGACGGAGCGGGCCAGUGGCCAGCAGCUUCAAUACACCAGGCCCUGAAAGUUUUGAGUGGCCUUUUGCAGUGGCGAAGAUGAGAAAGAAGUGGAAAAUGGGAGGUGUGAAAUAUAUCUUCUCCUUGUUGCUGUUCUUUCUUUUCCUAGAAGGAAGCAAAACAGAGCAAGUAAAACAUUCAGAGACAUACUGUGUGUUUCAAGACAAGAAGUACAGAGUGGGCGAGAGAUGGCAUCCUUACCUGGAACCUUAUGGGUUGGUUUACUGUGUCAACUGCAUCUGCUCAGAGAAUGGGAAUGUGCUCUGCAGCCGAGUCAGAUGUCCAAGCCUCCAUUGCCUUUCCCCCGUGCAUAUUCCUCAUCUGUGCUGCCCGCGCUGCCCAGAAGAUUCCCUACCACCAACGAACAAUAAGGUGACCAGCAAGUCGUGUGAGUACAACGGGACCACUUACCAACAUGGUGAGCUGUUCGUGGCUGAAGGGCUCUUUCAGAACCGGCAACCCAAUCAGUGUACCCAGUGCAGCUGUUCGGAGGGGAAUGUGUACUGUGGUCUCAAGACUUGCCCCAAGUUAACCUGUGCAUUCCCAGUCUCCGUUCCUGAUUCCUGUUGCCGGCUAUGCAGAGGGGAUGGAGAAUUGUCGUGGGAACAUUCUGAUGGUGAUAUCUUCCGGCAACCUGCCAACAGAGAAGCAAGACAUUCCUACCACCGCUCUCACUAUGACUCUCCACCAAGCCGACAGGCUGGAGGGCUGCCCCGCUUUCCUGGGGCCAGAAGCCACCGAGGAGCUCUUAUGGAUUCUCAGCAAGCAUCGGGCACCAUCGUGCAGAUUGUCAUCAACAACAAACACAAGCACGGACAGGUGUGUGUUUCCAAUGGAAAGACCUACUCCCAUGGCGAGUCCUGGCACCCAAACCUCCGAGCAUUUGGCAUUGUGGAGUGUGUGCUGUGCACUUGUAAUGUCACCAAGCAAGAGUGUAAGAAAAUCCACUGCCCCAAUCGAUACCCCUGCAAAUAUCCUCAAAAAAUAGAUGGGAAGUGCUGCAAGGUGUGUCCAGGUAAAAAGGCAAAAGAAGAACUUCCAGGCCAGAACUUUGACAGCAAGGGCUACUUUUGUGGAGAAGAAACAAUGCCUGUCUAUGAGUCUGUGUUCAUGGAGGAUGGGGAGACCACCAGAAAAAUAGCCCUGGAAACAGAGAGACCACCUCAGGUAGAGGUCCACGUUUGGACCAUUCGAAAGGGCAUCCUCCAGCACUUCCAUAUUGAAAAGAUCUCCAAAAGGAUGUUUGAGGAACUCCAUCACUUCAAGCUGGUGACCAGGACGACCCUGAGCCAGUGGAAGAUCUUCACCGAAGGAGAAGCUCAGAUCAGCCAGAUGUGUUCAAGUCGUGUGUGCAGAACAGAGCUUGAAGAUUUGGUCAAGGUUUUAUACCUGGAGAGGUCUGAAAAGGGCCACUGUUAGAUGAAACAAACAGUAUUGGAGAGGGUAAAGCAAGAAAACUCAAGCUGCAGCUGGACUGUGGGCUGAUUUUGCUUAAGUCAACAGUGUCCUAAAACCCCAGACUCAAAUGCAGUUCAUUAUUCACGCCAUGCACAGCAUAACUCGCUCCUCUGUGUGGAGUGGUGCGUCAGUCCUCAGACACCUCCUGCCAGACUAGAAGAGUCUUGAAUUGUUUGUGGGAGAAAGAGGGGUAGAACACCACAGCACUUCUCUAGUUUCUGGGAGAAUCACAUUUCUUUACAGGUUAAAGAGUAAACAGAACCCUAGGGUUUCUAUCUAGGAAGUUACUCCAAUAAAAGAGAAAAGACUUAGUAGAAGUUGUGUAGUACAGAGAAAAUAUUAUACUCUUUGAAUUUUAGGAUGUCUUGUGUUUUUAAGAAAAAAAUUAACUCCCUAUCCUCAUUGACACAGACGCAUGCAUAGGCGCAAGGGUGCGCAUGUGCACACACACACACACACAUACACAGACUAAAUUGCUGCCUUUCUUCGGAGUCAAAGCCAGCAUAGUCUCUCCCCUCCUUUCCUUCAUCUGGCUCCCAAGUAGCUUUGAAGUUGUGGGUACCCAGGAGGAUAAAGAAGGAAUUGUGAGCAGAAACUUCUGCUCUUGGGUCAGUGGUGUGUUUGCUGAAGUCACGAACUAUGGUGGCAGGGUGAAGAGUAAGAGCACCAUUUCAUGACCACAUUGACUUUGAAGCUGUAAAUAACUUUUCCCUAGUGAUAGCACUUCUCUUUUCUCCCUGAGCCCUCGUAAAGAAGUUAGAACUGGGUAAAAUCUUCCAAAACUGACUCCGCAGAAGAAAAAUAAUUGUUGAAAAAAAUGGUGACUGAAAGUCAACAAGGCAACCUGUGUUUUCAAGUCAAUAGGAGUCACCGACGAAUAGCUCAAUAUUCACUAAUUUUCUUGAGGUCAGAGUUCUAUAGUCCAAAAAUUUAGGCUAAAUGAUUACAUUCUAGAAGCUCCUUAAAGAGGCAGUUUUCCUUCUUCUCCAAUUACAGGAGUUGGUUUUGACUUUGCAAAGGGGCUCAGUCCCCACAAGCUUCUGAAGGUUGGCUGUUCAGUUAGGAGAAUUAUUGCACAUUUGGGGAAGCGGACAUUCUGACAAAGAUCUUUGUUCUAAACCUUCCUGCCAUUCUCAUCUCACCCAGCGAGUGGGGAUCUGAGUCAUGAAUCCUGGAGAAGGCUGCUCAGAAAAUGUCUAUUUGCAGCUUGAUACCAGAGCAGAACUUCUCUGUUCAUAGGCCUAGCUUUAGACAUUAUCUUUGUGGCAAAACUAUAAAUUCUCCACAAGGAUCUCAAGCCUGCCUUCUAGAUUCAUCCCUUGUGCUGGGCAUGAAUGAACUCUAAUGAGUACUCAGAAGUAUCAAGGACGCAGACGUCAUGUAUUUCCCACUCCAUGAUCAUAAGAGAGAGGAACAUUGUUUUCCUUACAGUCGAUGACACCAAUAGGGAAAAAUGUAAAAAUCUUUAUGGCAACCUGGCAUAAAGGAGUCUGUUCUCGAAGAGAUACAGGGGUGCCUCGUGGCCAGGCCUUCUUGGGACCAACGCUUCAUACAUAUGCUCUACGGGAAAGGGAGGGAGAACAUCCAGGGCCCAGAUGCCAGAGAGCAUUACUGGGGAUGAGGCUGCUGAGUAGCUGCUGCCUCCCUCCCAGAGGUGGCAGCAUUUCCAUAGUGUGGAAACAAGUAACUGGAUCCUCAGGCCAAGUGGUGAUUUCCCCUUUGGAAUGACUCACCCCAAGCCUUCCCACCCAGGUGUUCUCUGAAAGCUCAACCAUAAGGGAACACCCAGAGAGCUUCCCUAGAUAGACUUCUGCCCCCAGGGGCUGGGACACACCUUUCCAAAGUGCUUUCUGAAGCAGGAGCUGUGGAACUGAGCUAGGCCAACACAGAAACCUUCCAGUGUUUGGUGUGGUGUAGGCAAUAGAGCAUAAGGAGAAGAGGCCAAGCCACCUGUAGUUAGGAGAGGAAUGGAUGUGGUUCUUCUUGUGUAUUUAUUUGUAUCAUAAACACUUGGAACAACAAAGACCAUAAGCACCAUUUAGCAGUUGUAGCCAUUUUAUAGUUAACUCGUGUAAACAAGUAAGAGUAAACUUAAUGUAACAGUAUUAGCCUUUCAUUCUUCUCACAAGACAUGUACCUAAAUAGGGUACUUAUUUAUGUAGUUGGCGUAUUUUGCGUAUUUUUUGAUUUUUAAAUUAAUAAAAAAGUUAAUUUUGAAAAACCA